GCAGUAGCAGCUCACAUCUCUUUAACAUCCUUAGGAAGAGGAACAAGAAAGAAUCAUUCAUUGGGCUGAACUCAUGAGGAGGCGGAGGUGUUCAAAAGCACUCGACAGAGAAAAUUAUUAUAUCAACUUUCUGUACCUUAUCAAAGUGCUCAUUGACAGAGACAAAGGUUGAGAGAAACAACAGAGAGUAAACAGAAAGACAGCAAAAAGACAGCACAGAGGACAGGCUGCAAAACAGACUUACAAGUUACUUCAGAAGGGAAGUAACCUUUUUUUUUUUUUUUUGCAAGAAGCAAAAGCACCAUGACAAUUGUUGCCGUUCCUCGAGUGAUCUUUCUCCAUUUCUUGCUCCUUGUUCUCCUUCAUGUGUUGUCAGCCUCACAGAAUGAAACCUCCAUCAGAAAUCAGGUGCGGACCUUCACUGUGGUAAAUGACACCCUACCGGACAAGCAUAAGGAGCAGAUACAAAGCAAACAAGCUGUACUACUUGUUCCUCUCCUCUGCCUCCUGGCCUUCCUCAUUGGACUUCCAGCCAACUUGCUUGCCCUAUGGGUGCUGCUCUUCCGAACCAAGAAAUUACCUUCCACCAUUCUGCUGAUCAAUCUGACCUCCUGUGACCUUCUGUUACUUCUGGUGCUCCCCUUUCGUAUUGUCUAUCACUUCCAGGGCAACAACUGGACUUUUGGGGAACCAUACUGUCGCAUUGUGAUUGGACUCUUCUAUGGAAACAUGUACGGCUCAGUGGUAUGUCUGGCAAUGAUCGCUGUGGAUCGUUACGUAGCUAUAGUUCACCCUUUUGGUGCCAAGACACUUCGUAGUAAGAAAAAUUCAGUCCUCAUGAGUGUAUUGGUUUGGAUUGUAGUUGCAGCUGCUGCUCUGCCCUUGUUAGUAUCAAAACAGUCUUAUGAGAUAAAGAACCUUCCUAUAAUCACCUGCCAUGAUGCACUGCCUCCUGAGGAGCAGCAAAAAUACUUCCAGCCUUACUUUGUUACCCUCUUCUCUGUCUGCUUCCUGCUUUCACUGCUGGUAGUGCUGUUUUGCUACGGUGCUGUCUUAUGCAUUCUUGUGGCUAAAGGUCUGCGUUAUGCCAAUACAGUCCGAGUGACUGUGCUGAUGUUGGUGAUUUUUGUGGUUUGCUUUUUGCCAAGUAAUGUUAUCUUACUGUUGCAUUACUCAGAGUUAAACUUUGAGAAUAGUCAACUUUAUUUGCCUUACCUGAUCGCUCUGUCUCUCAGCACCUUCAACAGCUGCAUUGAUCCCUUUAUCUUAUAUUAUGUGUCUGAGGAUUUCAGGAAGAGGGUGCUAAAUGCUCUUAGCUGUUCUGCAUCUGAUUCAGAAUCCUCUUCAGAAACAUCUAGGUCAAAGAUUGCCUUGCUAUUGAAGUUGAGCAGGGCUGAAGGAACCUUAAAUGGAGGAAAAGCUUGAUUGUGAGUUUCUAUGAGAGGUGUGGAAAUGAGAAGACAUUCAAAAAUCCCAGGGAACAAACUGUGCAAUAUAUCAAACUGUAAAUUAAUUUGACUGUAAACUAAAAACUGAAUACACUUACUGGAAAACAGUGGAAGGUAAAAUGUAAAGUUACUGUAUUACAUUUCAACAAAUGCAAAUGCUGACAUGAUGUACUAUACAAUUCUGACAUUAUAAACUAUACAAUUUGUUUUGUGCUUUUUAAACUACAUUUCAAUGUAAAGAUCAAAAAUGACUUUUUACAAACUUGUACUCUGUAACAUAAUUUGUAACAAAUUUUUUGUAUGUGUGAAUUUGUAUAAAGGAAGUGCUAAGUCAAAUGUCAAAUUUUUAGCCAUGUCUAGCUUUCAUCUUGUGACAUGAACUUAUUAAUUCCUCUAUAAAUGAUCUUCUUUAUAAAUAACAGUUCUCAAAUACAUCAUGCACUAUUGC